AUGUCCACUGCGGCGCAACUGCGCGGGACACUGGCACCGCUUCCAGAGAACCAUCGCAGUGGACUCAUAAUUCUGACUGCGGUUUCAUUCCUCUCGUUCCUAUCAACGUUGAUUCUUUGGCUCUUCAUUUCGUAUAAGCUCUUGAAGGAGCGGCUGACCCAAAAGAAGCAGCCCGACGACGGAAGGCCAAAUGUCGUCAUUGGCGGAGUUCCAGACCUCACCCUCGGGCUUGACGCGCCCGCAUCUGGGGCCCAAGGCUUCGCUCGGCUUCAAGAGCUCGACAGGCUAGCCGCCGAAGAAGAACAACGAAAUGCCGAGGCGGAACGAAGACGAGUCGAGGAGGCGGUGCAGGCCCGGAACCCGUUUCCGAUCCUCGUCUACAAUCUGCUGAUAGCAGAUAUGAUGGAAGCGUUGGCAUACGGGCUAAGCUUCUACUGGGUUUACGCGGACGGAAUAUUUGCCCCAUCAUCGGUUUGCUGGGCUCAAGGCUGGUUGGGUUCCACGAGUAAUUUGGCCGCAAGUUUGUUCCUGUCGCUCAUCUCGGUCAAUACGUUUUUGACUGUUGGUCUGGGUUACAAGGUGCCGCCAUGGGCGGUAUACACUGCGAUCGCUGUUCUCUGGACGUUUGAUUUUGUAGUCAAUGGCGCCGGAGUCGGAAUCACUGCACGAACUGCACCACCUGGAGAGUCCUUCUUCAUGAGAGCGAAUGUGUGGUGUUGGAUCUCCACGGCAUACGACCCUUGGCGCCUGUGGGCUCACUACUUUUGGGUUAUCGUAUCCAUAGUCCUCACGAUAUUCUUGUACUCGUUUGUUUUCUUUACAUUAUGGCGUCAGAAGCGGAGCUGCCGGCACUUGCCAGAAAAGCGCAACACCCAAGAAACGGGACAGCGACAACUCUCCGGCUACCAUCCGGCAUUCUUGCUGUACCCGUUCGUCUACAUCGGCUGUAGCGUUCCAUUAGUCGUCGGCCGAAUCACGUCUCUAUUAGGGAUCGACCUUGGUAUACCAUACUUCGCAUUCGCUGGCUGCGUCCUGGCUGCGAACGGCCUCUUCAACUGCAUCUUAUGGACGACAACGAUCAUCUUCAGCGCACCUCAAGAUGUGCACGACACAGGGCUUGAUAGGUACGCCUUCAUGCGAACCCCGAUACGCGAAUACGGGCACCGAGUCAUCAUUCGAGGACCAAUCAGCAGAAGGGUUCCCAUCUCGGAGCUCCAGCCUACGAACAGUGGCGGGAAGAAAGAGUGGUGGUGGUGGAGACACGGGGGUUUGCGACCUUGGGGAAAGUCGUACGUCAAUGCGCACGAAAUGCCCGUUGUGCGAUCGGUGCGCUCAUACGAAGUUCCGUCGCCGCCAUACUCGUUGCCGGUGAUUGUGGAGGGGCCGUAUAUACAACUGGAUGUUGUCACAGCAGUGAGAUACGAAGCUAACGAUCCUGCAGAGAACACGAAAUAG